AUGUGGAAGUCGUGUCGUGUUGUGCUGGGCGCAGCUCUGGUUGCUAGGAUACGUCCCGUCGCAGCCUCGACACGGGUACUGGAUGUGAUUGAGGCCGAGCAUAUGCUCCUACCGGGCAGCUACGUUGCGAAGGAUGCGGGGACAUGUACCGCACUCGAAGUCGGGACUCUGCAGUCUGCUCGCCACAAGCAGCCCGGAAAUACCUAA